AUGUCGACACCGUUGCGACGUUUCGCGAUGCCUCUACCCGUCGCACCGAACGACUUGCACCGCCGCCGCCGAUCGUCCAGAGAAUGGCGACACGCCAUGUUGAACAUCAUGGGGCAACUGCGGGACAAUCUCAUGACUUUGGGUCUUCAAGCAACAACACCUACGGGCGUCCCGCGGAUCGCGCUCCUGCCUCCGCCGGCCUAG